AUGAUGCGUGCGACACUGCAGGCCUUCAUGCGCUCUGGUGGGUUUUUUGGGACUCCCCGGGGUCUUUGCCCCAUCCUCCAAGCCGCCUAUAUAAAGGCGCAGGCGGUGUGGAGUUUGGAUUUUGAAGGGUCCCCAACUACGCAGCAACUCACGUUUCACCAAAGAAAGUUUCCGUCUGUGCCAAUGUUUCAAGUGCUGAAUUUUGACGGAAGCGUUGACAACCCAAAUGACGAACCAGAGGUGCCCAAGGAGACGUUGAUCAAAAUGAUGGAGGCAAUGUUGCGUCAGGAAACUCUUGAUAGUAUUCUCAUGGAGGCGCAGCGCCAGGGGCGUAUUUCAUUUUACUUGACAAGCAUGGGAGAGGAGGCAUCUAUUGUAGGGACUACUGCAGCCCUGCAUGGCGUUGACAAUUUAUUCCUGCAGUAUAGAGAGGCAGCAGCUCUUACCUACCGUGGCUACACAAUUCAAGAGAUUGUGGCGCAGUGCAUGGGGAACAUCGAGAAUGACCUUAAAGGCCGGCAAAUGCCUAUUCACUAUGGAUCACAAAAGCUAAAUGUUCACAUGGUUGGCUCUGCGCUAGCGACACAAAUUCCACAUGCGGCUGGUGCUGGAUAUGCAUUUCGCCUUGAAGGCGAACAUGAGAAGGAUCCUAACAAGAAGCGCAUUGCCGCAGUCUUUUUUGGCGACGGUGCCUCCAGUGAGGGAGAUUUUCACGCCGGAGUGAACUUUGCGUCCACAGUGGGGUCUCAUACUCUUUUUCUUGCCCGCAACAAUGGCUUCGCCAUCUCCACCCCGACGUCUUCACAGUAUGCUGGCGAUGGUAUUUUUGCCCGGGGCCUCGCAUAUGGCAUUCCCACCACCCGCGUAGAUGGACAUGAUAUUUUGGCGGUAUAUCGGGCGGUGCAGCAAGCCCGUGAAAUAAUUUGCACGACAAACCAGCCUGUUCUUGUGGAGGCUAUAUUGUAUCGUGCCUCCCACCACUCUUCUUCGGAUGACAGUACAUGUUACCGCCCCCGGGAGGAUAUGGAUGAGUUUGCGCGAGACUUUGCACCAAUUCCUCGGUUUGAACGCUAUUUGGUGAAAAAAGGGUUGUGGAGCCCCGAGCAGACGCAGCGUCUGACGCAGCAGGUGUGGAAGGAAACUCUUGACGAGCUGCACAGGCAGGAGAAAUUGCCCAAUUGGCCUGUAACCUCGAUGCAUGAUGAUGUCUACAAGGAGAUCACACCAGAGCUGCAGCGGGCGCAAAAGGAACUGGAGGAACACUAUGAACGGAACAAGCAUGCAUACAAAGUGUGA